GGUCCUUCGCACUGUCGAGUCAUUCAACAGCAGAUUGACCGAGCGCGGUCAACGCAGAGAGUUCAUCCAUUCAAAUGGGCCAUUGUAACAACUAGCCACCUCUUCUACCUCAAGCCAUCCGCACCUUACAACCGCACCUGGUGCCAACCAACAGCAUCCUAAUCUUUAAGGUUACCAUUUUCCAUCUUCGAGCGGUUUUCCACCUAAGGUCGGAGAAAAUGGCAGCAAUUCCAUCAAGUGGCUCCCUCAUCGCCACCCAUGAUUACUAUAGAAGGCGUCUCGGGUCCGCCUCCAGCAGCAGCUCCUGUGGCAGUGCAGAGUACACAGGGGAGGUCAUUCCACACCAUCCAGGACUUCCAAGGCAGGAUUCCGGUCACUGGUGGACUUCAUUCUUCUUCGCAAAACCGAACCAGCCCGGCAUGCAGAACGGAUCUGAAAAUCACAAAAACGGAACCUACACAGUGGCCAACGGUCAGGUGACCUGCAUCGCCAGAGAAAUGGUUUUAAAAAGACAACUCAGUGAAAGCAGCGAAAACGGAAAGUCCGAACCGACGAGCCCUCCACCAACUUCCUCCUAGACUCCAUUCCCUGCCACCGUCCUGCCGCCUGUUUGUUCACCCUCGCACCUCCUUCGCCGCCAGCUUGCCAUCCAUCACGCAGAGAUGGACAUGGAGAUGUUGGCGGUGAUGAUGAUGGUGCUUGUUACCUUUUAGUCUUUGGAGUUUGCUUUUCAUAUUUGCUUGUAUGUAUAGUAUCUUUUUAUUAUGACCAAAAGUU